AUGGGGCCAAAAUUCAGAUUCAAGGUCAAGCUAUUCAAGGACAGAGCAGGAAGCAGCGGAGACGGCGGCGGCGGCCGCGGCGGCGGCGAGCCCACGCCGCCGCCCGCACCAGGGCCUGCGCCGUCGCCCUCCCUCGACCCCGCGGCGCUUUCCGCUUCGCCGCUCCCGCUUCAGCCGCCGCCGACCCCCAUCGUCAGGUACACGCAUGAAGGACCGGAUGAUGAUGACGAUGAUUGGCCCGAAGACGAUGGAGCGGAUUUGGAUGCGGUGCAAGAGGAUGAGGAUGAAGUCCCAGAUGAUGAGAAAUUCUACAUUCCAUUGUUCAUGAGUGGUCAAAAGAAGAAUCUCCCGCAUGAUCUCUUUCGGCAUGACUCAGUGCCGCUCAACAAAAAUGAAUAUUUUUCUCUGCGGAAAAACUGGAAUCAGCUGCUGGACGGCAAGAGAACAUACCUCCGACCACCGAGGGGCCGCCGUGUUCUCAGUGUCAGUGGUGUUUUCCGGCGGCCGUUAGCUCGUCCAUGGGCAUUAGAAUUCCAGGAACCACUCUUGGAUUUGGCUGAGGAUUAUCCAGAUAAUGACAUUGUCCAGGAAAUGAUCAAGAUUCUUUGUCAGCGCUAUGUGCACCUCAAACGAACUCGCGGAGAUGGCAGCUGUUUCUACAGAGCUUUCUUUUUCUCCUACUUGGAAAAUCUUGGACAAAUGCAAGAUAGUCAAGCUGAAGUUACUCGUCUAAUGGAACAUGUGGCAGUGUCCAGAGAGAAUUUCUGUCGUCUGAAAUGGGACAAAGCAUAUUUCUUAAAUCCUGAAGAAUAUUUUUCAAGUGUUGCUUCUGAGUUGAAUCAUUUGGUCAAUUCUGUUGCAAAUGGUCUUAGUUCUGAUGAGUUGCAGAAGAGAAGUCUACAGGAGAUGAUGCCACUCAGGGUUAUUUCCUUGCUAAGAUUGCUGGCAGAGACUGAGAUCCGUACGCGAAUAGAUGAUUACAAACCAUUUAUCCCGGGAAAGAUGAAUGUCAAUCAGUAUUGCUGGAAAGAGGUGCGUCCCCUGGAUGUUAAAGCAUCAGCGCUAGCAAUGAGGGCUCUAACGUAUGCACUUGGCAUCCCGCUGCGACUCGAAACUCUAGGCGAAGGCUUGACGGCUGGAGGUUUGCAAGUAAAGCGCUUUGAUUUCUUCCCUCGAUCAGAAUCAGGGAAGGGUGCUUUCCAUAUAGUUCGAAGCUAUUGGUCGUCAACCACAACCCCUGAACCACUGGAGAUUGGAAGUGGCAACCUGAUAUCAUCUGAUGGCACACCUUUGCUGACCUUGCUGUGUAGGCCUGACAACUGCGAUAUUUUGUAUCGCAAGUAA